AUGAGAAGAACCUUCGUAUUUAAAAAACAAAAGAGUGGUCUUCAAAAUUCAGCAAAUAUAAGUGAUUCACAAAACCUUCAUCAACUCGGUAUGGAGUUAUCACGUGUUUAUUGUCUCCAAGUAGCAGUUCAUUCAGGAGAAUUUCUCGAAGGUGAGACUGGAAUUUAUUGUGUAUGUAAAAUUAAUGAAAAGAAAUAUAGGACAAUGACAACUGUUGGGAAUAAGCCAUCCUUUAAUGAAACAUGGAGUAUGACUAUUCCUGAAGAUACAGUUCGUUUAACAAUUGAAGUGUGUAAACAUAAUAAAUUAAAUUCAAGACAAGUAAUAGGAGUAGUGCAAGUAUCAUUAAAACGAUUAGGAAUAAAUGUAGAAACAACAGAGAAGUAUACAGUAGCAUCAUUUAAUGGAAGUGAAAUAGGGAAAUUAUUAUUAACAUUUAAACGUUUUUCAAGAGAGGAUGAAAAAGAGUUAAUAGGAGAGAAACCACAAAAAGCAAGAUUCUCCUUAGUGUCUUCUUCUAUGGAAGACCUUGAGUCACUUGUGAGUGAUACAUUAUCAAAGAGUCCUCUUCAUAGAAAAAAAUUUAUGCCACAACUUCCAUCGGCAAAAGAUAGAGAAACAGUUGAAGCAUGUGGAUUAUUUUCAGCAGUGUUUACAGUUACAGUAGGGGAUAUUGCAGAAGACCUUCUUCAUUUUAUGAAUAAUGAACAAGCAACAUUUAACGACAUAGAACAAGUAGGAUUAACAGGAGUUAUUACAAAUUGUUAUCCACCAAAUAAUGGAGGUAAAAUAGUUCCAUUAAAUAUUUGGAAUUUUUGUUUUGGAGAUGGGUUAAGAGUAAGUAGAACAAACAAAAAUAUAAGCGUUGUACCAUUUGUUAUGACAGAUGCCAUGGCUAAUACCAAAUAUGCAUGUUUCUUAAUUGCUUAUUUUAAAAUUGAAAAAGAAAUGAUUAAAAAAAUCCAAGAAAUUAUUCCAAAAACACCUGAUGAGUUAUAUGCACCAUAUGCUGUUGGAGUAACAAGUGAUUUUCCAUUACAUACAUUUAUGAGGAAAUGGUUAAAGUCAUUAUAUGAAAUAAAUGUAGAAAAUGAUAUGAAAUUUACAGAUUAUUGUCACCAAGUAAUUUUUAUGACUGGAAAACCAUCAUUUGGAAAUUUAUAUUCAUAUGAUUUUGGACAAUUAGGAUUUAAGAUUGAAAUUCAACUCCCUUGUUUAAAUGGAUUACCACCAAUACCUACUAGUAUUCUUCCAUUAUUUGAAAUGAUUGGAAUUGAUGGAGUACUUGCUGUAUGGCUGGCAUUAUUAGAAGGUGAAAAAGUAAUAAUUACAAGUACAUCAAAAACUGCAUUAGUAUAUUCAAUAGAAAAUUUAAAAUCAUUAUUAUUUCCAUUUGAAUGGUGUAAUAUUUGUAUUGAUUCAUUACCUUAUUCGUUAAUUGAUUAUGUAAGUUCUCCAAUGACAUAUUUAAUGGGAGUGCCAUCAGAAUAUAAAGAAGAUGUAGAAAAAAUUAUUAAAAAUGAAGAAGUAGUGUAUGUUGAUUUAGACAGUGGAGUAGUAAAGUCAAAAGGAAUAAUAAGAGAAGUUCCAAAAUUGAUAAAUACAGUAUAUCAUGAACUUAAAGAUGUUUUUAAUAAAAGAGAAUAUUCAAAUGGCAAUAUUAAUUCAGAUAUAUUUGAUGAAAAAUAUUAUUUACAUAAAAGUGAAGAAUUUAAUUGUGCAGUUAGAAUUAUAUUAUUUAAAUUUAUUAAUGUUAUGUUAAAUGAAUAUAGAGAUUAUAUUGGAUAUACUUGGAUUGCAGAUAAAGAGUCUGUAGUUUUUUCUUCAGAAGAAUUUAUUUAUAAUCAACCAUCAGACAGAAGAGACUUCUUGAAAGCAUUAUUUGAAUCUCAACACUUUUCAUUCUUCCUUCAAAAUUUCCCAAAAAGACAUGACCAUAUAUUUGAAGACUGGCAAAUAAAUAAUAUUUAUUUGAUUAAUACUAAUGAACUGAUUCAAAUGUAUUCAAAAGAAUAUCAUCCUAUUACUUCAAUUAUUCAAACAUCAACAGAAAAGAGUCUUGAAGUAUCUCCAAUUAAUACAUUAGUAUUGGACUGUGGUAAACUUAAAUCAUUAAGAGUAAGAAAUACUGUGGUUAAUUCACAAUUAGAACCAAAAAUGUAUCAUAAUCAUUUAGAAGGAUUUAAAAAACAAAGAGUAAGAGAAGUUUUUAAUAAUGAUAUAAUACAAUUUAGUGAUAUUCAAAUUGGAAUAUUAGUAAUGAUGAAUGAAGGAACAACAAAGAGUCUUGACACAGAUUUGUUAUUUAAUUUUUUAUCACAAGUUGAAGGAAGAAAAAUAUUUACACAACGACUAAUGAGUAAAUACACAUCGUUUUGUAUUAACAAAAUGGAAGGUAGAAUAAAUAAUAUAGUUUAUGCUGUAAUUGGUGAUAUUCUUCGACAGGAAGCAACAUAUGCAUAUUCUCAAAAAGACUAUAUGACACCACAACAUAUUAUUGAAUUAUCUCAAAUAUUAUAUAAAAUAGAAGGGAAUCAAAAAAUUAAAUUAAUUAAUAGUUUAAUUGAAUUAGAUAUUUGGAAUCAAAUGGAUGUAUGGAAUAAUAUGUUUAUGAGAUUAAUGUGUAUUGGAAAGUCGUCUAUUUAUCAGGAACAAUAUGGAUUAGAUCUUCCAUCAAGAUGGAACUUGUUUGACUCAAACCAACAAACCCAAUAUAGAAUUGCAGAAACUCAAGACUUUAAAAAAAAUUUAUCAACACUUUUAGAUACAAUGAAAAUUGUUAGAGUAAAUGAUAAAACACUCAAUCAAUUUGUUGGUUAUAUAUUAAGCCAAAUGAGGUUUGAUGAAAUAUUUAGAAAAGAAAUUGAUAAAUUAGUGAAAGAAAAAUGUCCUUCUCAAAAUAGCCUUACAAUUAAUGAUUCUAAAGAACAAUUAUUAGCUGAUAUGAGAAAAUUGUAUGACUCUGUGUAUCUCACUGAAGAUUAA